GGGAAGGUCUUCAGCACUGAUAAAAAUAAGUCACUUCUCUUUCCCACAAGGGGCAGCCGUGAGCAGAGUGGUGGAGGACCCACAGGCGUGGCUGCGCCCCACAGGUGUGGCUGCUCCUCACAGCUCUUGGCCCUCCGACAGGCUCCGCUGUGCUCAGACCGAACCGCUGACGCUCCACCAUCACAGGUCCAAUUCCGUCCCCCUGGCUCGGACCCCCAGCGCUGUUGCUUCCUCGCUCCCUUCAAUAGAGACUCCAUCCACAUCCAUCUGGGACUCCUGAUUGGUUUCUGCAUGUGGGUCAAACAAAUCGCCAUGACAAUUGGAGGCUCUAGGACAAGUGUCCUAAAUGAGGAUUUGACAGUUGGUGGUGCUGGUGGUGCAGCACAUGACGCAUUGGAGCAAAUCAUGAGUGUGACGCAGAAUGCAGAAGCGCUCAAGCAUCACUUCCAAGUGACACUUUUUUUGCUGGGUGAUUGCGCAAGCGAGCGCUUCGGUGUCAUUGUAGAGAACACAAUGUGUGUCUGGGUUCUGUUACCAGGAAGUGGGUCGAGUUAUUUAUAUUUCAGCACUCUGCACCGGCGCUCGCAGGAAGUAACCUGAAACUUUGAAAUUCAAACAUUUUUCGAGCGUCGUGAGGCGAAGAGGAGCGCUGAGGAAACGCUUAAAUGUUUAGAGAAGAAAAGGAACGUUUAAUGAGGGCGUGCAAGUGACCAGCCGGGGGACUCACCAUUGCCAGAGGCUUGUUAUGAAGCUCCACAAGAAGAUUUUGACUCAUUACCACUCCUGCACAUCACUGGUUGACAAAGAAGGCUUUCUCUUCAAGAAGAAACAGCGAAGUGGCUCGUACCAUCGCCGCUGGUUGGUCCUGAAAGGCAACCUGCUCUUCUACCAGGAGCGGCCCGCGGACCGCCACCUGCUGGGUGUCAUCGUGCUGGAGGGAUGCGCCGUGCGGCGAGUAGAUGCCGACGGACGCUUCUGCUUCUCUUUACUCUUUCGAGGCCCCGAAGAAAAGAGCUACCAGUUUGCGGCGGCGGACGAGGGCACGCUGGCCAACUGGCUGCGGGCUUUGCUGUCGGCCAGCCACCGCUACUUGUCGCUGCUGCUGCGUGACCUCCACGUGCAGUAUAACAAUCUCACGCAAGAUGGCGGAGAAUUGAAGCACCAUCAGGGCUACGAUGGGUCUCCAGCCAGCAACUUGAACUUCGGACCAGCAGCAGCAGCAGCAGUCAUGCAAAAAUCUCCAAAGCCGUGGCACAGGUGGAAUGCUCACGUCACACCCUUGAACGUUCCGACGGCGCUUUUGUUGGCCGAGUGGCCCCUGGUGGGUUGUAAUGUGCGGGAGGAGUUUGGCCAGCUGCACCACCGUUACGGGCAAGACGUUAAGAAGGCCCGUGAAGAAUGGCUGACCAGUCGGCAGCCACCGGAGGAGAACCUGCAAGAAGAUCUUAUCGACUUGACGUGAAACUUAAAGAUUCUAUAAGCGGAAGUGAGACAUAAAAGAGAAAAACGGAA